CAUCUUCAGUAGUUUACUCUCUGCUGAUGUGUUGACACUGACCUCUCCCUGCUUUAUUUUACCCUCUUUGAUGCAGACACACACCAGACUUCAGGGAACAAAGUCAGCCAUCAGCACCAGAUCUGGAAAUCAACGGCAGCAGUUUUAAAUCUCAAAGGGAACGCAGUGCUGCUGUUUAUAGACAUGAAGCUGUUCUGAGAAAGCAGAAGGUGGUGAGACAGUGUGGUGGACGUCUCUCUUCGCCAUGGCAUCAGCUCUGCCGGUGUACUACCAUGGCGCCAUCAGCAAAAAGGAGUGUGAGGAUCUGCUGGGAAAGAAGAACAAGGAUGGAGCCUACCUGAUCCGAGACAGCGAGACCAUCCAUGGAGCCAUGUGUCUUUGUGUUUAUAAACAAAGUGUGGUGUAUACCUACAGACUGCUGCAAUCACACACUGGACAAUAUACUCUCAUGACAGCAGGAGGGUUGGAGGAGACAUUUUUUAAGUCUUUGGAAGAUCUGAUCCGUCACUAUAAAAGGAAGAACCAGGGACUGGCCAUCCAUCUGCGCCACUCAGUUAAAAGGAAGACAGCCUUGUUAAUCCAGCCCAGGAAACCACCUGAGGUAGAGCCACAGAGGGAAGAGAUACCUUUACGUGAAGAAGAGCCUGACUAUGAGAAUGUUCCUGACUCUGACUACGUUGAAGUCUUGCCCACCUGAACAACUCUGACUUUUGACAUUUAGCAUCAAACACAUGAGGAGAGUAUGAAAAUACAUUUUUGGGGGAAGUCUGAACCAUUAGUGCUUUAAAAAAACGAUGUGAGAUUCACAGACUGGAUCGAAUUCAGAAUAAUGAACAAGGAACUUGGACAAAUGGAUGCUGAAGAACAAUGAACUCUUCAUCUUCUUGUACUCCUGUAGUUAUUCUUUUAUCCCCUGUUUUUAGCCACGCUAGCAGUAUGGUUCUACAGAUGUCGAUCCGUCCGUUCACUUCUACGGAAUUAUCUCAACAACCAUUGGAUGGAUUGCCGUGAAAUUUGGUUCAGACAUUUAUGGUUCCCAAAGGAUGAAUUGUAAUCACUUUGUUCCCUUAACAGCCCAUCUAGUUCAGUUAUCUGGUCUAAUUUUCAAUUUGUUUUGUGAGUAUUUACUUGCAAAAUUAUGAUUAGUGCUAUGAGCAGAUGUUAACGUACUAACCUACGGUACAUUAUACAGUAGCAUCAGCAUUUUGUCAAUGCUUUGUGAUACUUUGUGAGCUUACUAAUAUUAGCACCACUGUGUCUAAGUCAAGCGUGGUGACUUUACACAUGCUGAAUGUGUGGGAGCUGCUAAUGAUGAGCAGUAGCAUAUGAUAUUUUUUAACACCCACUGUUAGACUGAGUCUGAAAGGAAAGUGAUCAGAUAACUUUUGCAUGUCUGACGAGAUGCUAAAAUGAGGACAAAAGGGGAUGCAUCCCACACAGUGAGCCAAACAUUUCAACAACUGUGUGAUCAACUGAUCAUAUGCGUAAUUACUUCAAAAAUCUGAAGAUAUGUGCAUGUGGAAACUUUUGACCUAUUAAAGGAAGUCCUAAAGGGAUUACUCAUAUAGCAAAA